CAACAAAAUAGUUAAAAAGUGUAACGAAACUAAACAUAUGAUAAAUGGAAUAUUUGUGUUAUUUUUUUUAGUAAAAAACAAGUGAUUUUUAUGUUAAACAAAAAUUAAUUGUAAAAAAAUAAUUUAUAAGAAAAAACUCUUUGCUUUGGGAUUAUUGCAUCAAAAAGAAGGAUUUCUAUAUUUUUACCAUAAACUAAAGACAUCACCAUAAACGUCGUAACGCAACGUAAUCACACCUGAAUUACAACAAACAGAAAACGAACGAAACUCUUUUUUUUAUAUUAAAACGCGUUAACGCGCUUGAUCCAAAAAAAAAUAAGAAAUUAAAAAAAAAACAGACAGCAACAACAAAAAAAUGGGAUCCGAUUGUGGUGUUUGGAUUGGCAAAUAUGUGUUGUGCAUAUUUAAUUUUCUAUUUUUUAUCCUUGGCACGAUAGUUUUGGGCACUGGUAUAUGGCUGGCCGUUGAUAAGGCCUCUUUAAUAGCUUUAUUAAAAAUGGUCGAAAGUGAAAAUAUUAAUCAAUUUACCCAACCUCAAGUUAUUGAACAAAUGGCUUAUGUUCUGAUAGCCAUUGGUGGUAUAAUGUUUUUAAUGAGUUUCCUGGGUUACUGUGGGGCCAUACGUGAAUCUAGAUGUUUAUUGACAACGUAUGGCGUUUUCAUGAUCUUACUAUUAAUAGCUGAAAUCGUUGCUGGUGGCUUAGCGGCAUUUUAUAAAGAAACGGCACGCAAUGAAAGCAAAGGUUUCCUACAAUCAACCAUUACCAAAUACUAUACAACAGCUGAACACACUGAUGCUGUUACUCUUAUGUGGAAUCAAAUGAUGAGCACUUUUGGCUGUUGUGGCGUUGUGGAUUAUCGUGAUUUUGAAACCUCUGCGGGUUGGAUGAAUGGCAAAGGUAAUCACACCAUACCUGAGGCCUGUUGCAGAUUAAAGGAUAUUAAAAAUUUACUACCCGAAGAUGAGAGUUGUGUGACAAAUCCCAAUGAAACAAAUAGUUUUUAUUUAAAGGGCUGCUAUGAUGUAUUUACCGAAUGGAUUAUAUCCCAUCGUGAAAUAAUAAUUGCUGUUUUAUUCGGUGUGGGUGUAGUACAUCUAUUGGCCAUUUUCUUGGCCUUUUGCCUUUGCAAAUCCUUUGCCAAAUAUCAUGGCAUGAGACUGUAAACAUAAAUCUUCCCUAAUAAAUCAUUUUUUUUUAAUUGUUUUAUUAUUUACUUAGUAGAAACAAGGACCAUUUAAACAAAUUAUAAAACAAAAGUCAAUAAUAAAUUAAUUACUUGAAAUGUUUACUAAAGGACUUGUUGUCUUUAAAAAAAAAUUUUCAAAUUUUGACAAUUUUUUUAAUAAUUAAAUAUUUACUGUUUAGUCCUUUUUUUAAAUUAAUAUUUUAAAAUUAAAUAUCGUUUUGUUAACAGAAAAAAAGACAUUC